AUGGAAAUGGAUUCUCAUUCAUCCAAUGAUCAACAACACUCAUCAAAACCACCAAGUCCAACGGCUACGGCUGCGGCUGAGAGUGAAGGUCAGGAGGACUCCGCCGCCGAGACUCAACCGGAAGCCAAUGCCGGCAACGACAACAACGCCGACUCUCUCUUCGAUGGCGAAACACCAGCAUUCGAGUCUCAAACCCAAACUCCUGCUCCAGUCCAACCCGGGGAGGAUCAAGACAACGACAACCAAGGGCCUGGCGCUCAGUCUCAUUCUAAAGACCGGCGACAUGAGACUCAAAAUGAAAGUCAAGAACAAACUCGGCCAACCCGUCCUAACCCUUCAUCUGAUGAAAGUCAACCCCCCACCAGAAAUCCUUCAGUCCCAUCCUCAACAGGACCUCAUCCACCUGCAAAUGGUCACCCCAACACUAACACCACUACGAACAACGGACCUCAUACCAAUAUUCAUCCUCGGCCAGCACCAAUUCCUCACCCCAAUGGCCUCUAUGGAAUGCUUUGUCCGCCACCUCCCGAUCCAGGUCCAAAGCCCAUGCCUCCAACACCCGCUGUCCAUGGACCCUUCUCCUACGACAAGGACGGCUUCAAGGCCCUGGGCUUCAAGCGGGAAACCCCCUACAACCUGCAAAUGAUCAUGCGUGAUCCCAAUGCCGCCCCGCCCGUUGAACCCGUCGCCAAAGCCUGGUUCCACGCCCAACUUAUACACUACGGCAUCCCCGUUCACCAGUCUCCCCUCCGCGCCGAGCCUCUUCCCCAGGACUUGUUCUUCGAUCUAGAGACCACCCUACGUAACGGAACCAUCAAGGAAGGCAAGCUCCCGCCAGCUGACAUUCUGACCAUCGAGGACAACCUCAGGAGACAGUUCAAGGGCAUCUACAAACAGUACCAAGAAGCCUUCAGGUUCUGGGAACAGCAGUCCUUUGCACGAUGCAAAACUCCCAACGACGAGAUCAACUGCAGUCUUGACCUCUUCAUGGCCAAGUAUUUCCUCAAGGGCGUCAACGGCCGGCCUGAUCCCAGAAAGUCACGAUACCCCAUCAUACUGCACAAGUUGAACGAUUACGAUGGCGUCCGCAAGGUUGUCAAAGCCGUUCCCGGUUUGCGGUCCCAUAUGAUGCCCCUCUGGUCCGUCAUCUGCUGGGAGGAGUACGGCAUCGAGAGGGCUAUCGAGGAGGCCUUUGCCAGUAUUUCGGCCUCUCAUCCGUCAAUAACCAUCCAUGUGCCUACCAUGGAGGCCCAUUUCCACAUCGACUACUUCAUCUCCAAGUACUGGCUUACCGGCUUGUACGGACGCCCCAUGCCCAUGUUGACGCCGGAGCCCAUCGUCAUCGAAGGAUGGUUUGGGGGUCCCGAAAUCAGGAAUCUCCUGACACAGGCCGUCCUUCGCGUGCCAGACCUCCGCGUUUGGGCUUUCAUCGGCAACGGAAUCGACAAGACGGUCAUCGGCUGGGGCGAUAAGCCGUUCCAAGUGGUCGAACACCUGAGAAUGACAUCCAUGCACCAACAAGUCGCCAGUGCGGCACCUCAAAGGGUCGAGAUCCAAGGCAACCCUACCUGGGAAUGGGCACUUCGGCCUCACUUCCAGCUGUGUCAGCAAAAAGCCGACCUCUUACAGUCAAACCCCCAGCUUGCGCAUGAGCCCUUUGAGAUCGAAGAACUAGUCGGCUCGUGGCUGAUCCAGUGUCCCGCCUUGGAAAACGGAGGAUGGGGGGGACGGCCCGGCGAAAUGACCAUCGACAUCCUCAACUGGCCCGUCGACAGCUUCGGCCUGGUAGCCUCCAUCAACCUCAAAGUCGCCCUAGGCACCAUGAUCCUCGCCCGAUCGGAACGAUUGCUGGACGAACUAUCAGCCUACCUGCUCCACGACCCCGAGGUUCUGCCACACAUGCCCCACAAGAAGCGACGACGAGGCGAUGACUUUUUCGUCGAGUAUCCGCGACGGAGAUCCCCUUAUGAACCCGUGCCUCCCAUGCGCAUCUUCUUCGACUGGAUCGGCCGACGGGCAGGCGAGUUCAACGUGGAACUAGACAUGGAUCUCUCCAGCAGAAACAGAGGCUGGGUGGACAUCGACAUGAACAGCAAGGUCUUCGGUAAAGGGUGGCUCAAGUACAUCAAGUUCUUUGGAAAGGACAACCCCGUGGCGUUCUCCAUGUACAAAGUGAUGGAUCAACCGCGCAAAAUGCCCGAGCAGUGGAGCAAUUUCCGUCCUAAGCAGAUGGAGGCGCAGCUGCAGAGACGGACGGAGGAACAGAUGCAGAGGCCGAUUGCUGAGCCAAAGGCGCCGAGUACGAUGAUCACUUCCAAGGUACCGCCACCGGCGUCGGACCACACGCUCCCACAACGACCACCCGGACCGCCACCGACGAAUCUCCCUGGAUUUCAGAGGAUACGACCGAGAGAUUCGCCUGAUGGGAUACAGAUAGGGGUGCAGACCGUGUGA